AGCUGCUGUGUGUGCUGUGCAGGGCCGAGGUCUCACUGAAGGCCGCUGAAGUCGAUGCAUUGAACGACAGACUGGCACUCGAGCAGAAGAGAGCCAGAGAGCUGCAGUGGGCCUUCGAGAAGGAGAAACGCAAGUCUGACAGGAAGGAGGAGACCGAGAGAGAGGAAGUGGAGGAGCUUAAACUGGCUCUGGAGGAACAGGCGCGGGAGGCCAGCGUCUCCGCAGAGCUGCAGGUUCAGUUAGACGCUCAGAGAGCUCGAUCGGCGGAGCUCAGCAGUGCUCUGGAGAAACAGAAGGAGCUGAACGCACAGCUGCUGCGGCGCUUCCAGACGAGCUCCACGUCAAACCCGCAGGAGUCUGACACACAAAACACUCUCAUGCAGACAGAGGCCACCUGCAGCCAGGUGGAGGCCGGGGUUCUCUCUGUGGAGUCUCUCCUGCAGACGCUGCAGACGCAGCUGGCCGAGAAGCAGACGCAGGUGGUGCAGAUGAUGGAGGAACUGGAGAGACAGAAGCUGGAGACGGUGCAGUGCAAACGACAGUGGGACGAGGAUAAAUCUGCCCUCGCGCAGGACCAGAAUGCAUUGCAGGCGGCACGCGACAGCCUGAGCAGCCUGGAGAGACGGGCGUCCGAGCUGCAGGCGGAGUUGGAUGCUGAGAGAGACAGCGUGAGGAGGCUGGAGAGAGAGAGAGACAGACUGCAGGAGACCGUGAGACAGCUGGAGGACAGACUGAGAGCGCUGGAGAACAAGAGCGUGAGAUCGGACGUCCGGCCGCAGGAUCGAACCCGUGACUGGGUGUUGCAGACGGGAGACGCUCUGAUGCUGGAGUCCAACACAACGUCCGUGCGUGAGAGUUCAGACCCAAAACACCUGGACAACAUCAUCCUCAGCAGACUGCAGCUCAUCGCCGCCAAGAUCAACAGCCUGAUCAGCGAAACCCCGGGCAGGUUAUCUGGGGAAGCGCCGGACCGGGACAGUCUAGCAUGGCUGUACAGUAAUAUACAGGAUGUGAUGUCACUGUUACAGAAUAUCCCAUCAGCCCCCUCUGCUCUCCCGGAGAGCGCCGCUCUGUUGGCAGGAGGAUCAUCCAGUCUGCUGAACGAGCGUUUGCUCAGGCAGAACGCAGAGCUCACGGGAUUCGUCAGCCGACUGACGGAAGAGAAGAACGACCUGCGAAACCAGUUACUGAAGCUGGAGGAGGAGCUGCGCAGAUACAGACAGAAGAAAACCACCGCCGAGAGCGCGUCGAGCCGGGCUGCGGUGGAGCGUCAGGAGCUGGUGUUAUUCUCUAGCGAGCGAGAGUCUUGGGCUCAGGAGAGGAAUCGUUUGGAGAAGUCUCUCCGUCAGGCCGAGGCAGAACUGAUCCGUCUGAGAGGAGAGAUUCGCUCCGAUACGCUACGGGAUCUGACUGGAGCUGAUCUGGACAACACGGCCCUCAGGAGGAUGUAUGGGAAAUACCUGCGCGCCGAGAGCUUCCGGAAGGCUCUGAUCUAUCAGAAGAAGUAUCUUCUGCUGCUGCUGGGAGGAUUUCAGGAGUGUGAGGAGGCCACGCUGUCUCUGAUCGCCCGGAUGGGUGGCUUCCCUGCACACACCUGUCUGGGGUCUGUGGGGGGUCAGCGCAGGGGCUUCACGCGCUUCAGAUCGGCCGUGCGUGUCUCCAUCGCCCUCUCCAGGUACAGACGCGCCACUGCGUCCUUCAGAAACACCAGAAACAAAUUUACAUGA